AGGAAAGAACUCUUUCACUGCAAAUAACUCUCUCUCUCCCUCUCUCUCUCUCUCUCGCUCGGUCUCUUCGUUAACGCAUUAUCAUCGUUUCUUCAUGGAGGAAGAAGAAUGCGAGGUUUCUUCGGUACUCAACCACCUCAUCUUAGCCGCCACCGAAAUCUCAGAGAUCGACGGCUUCAAGCACGUCAUCAAGAGACAGUGCUUCGACCUCAGCCGUAGGAUUAAGUUUCUCGCUCCUCUCUUUCAGGAACUUCUCGACGUUACAGACGCCGUCCCAAACGACGCCGUUUCGGCGCUCCUCUCUCUUAAGAAAGCUCUUGCCUCAGCCAAGGAACUCCUCCACUUUUGUUGCCGAGCAAGCCAGGUUUUCAUGAUACUGGAGAGGGAGCAAAUUAAAUGCAAAUUUAAUGAUCUCGCUUUUAAUUUUGAAGAAGCUAUAGGCAAGAUAUCCUGUGACAAACUUCAUAUAUCUGAAGAAGUCAAGGAGCAGGUUGCACUCGUGACUGCACAGUUUGGAAGAGCCAGGGAGCUUUUUGAUCCACCUGGUCUUCAGCUUUAUGAUAAUCUGUUGUCCAUUUGCAACCAGAGCUAUGAUGUGAUUCCCGAACAAGAUAAACUGCAUAUAAUCUGCGAAAAGCUGCACUUUACAAAUGUGGGUGACAUCAAACAAGAGUUGAUUGCACUCGAUAAGAUGGUUGUAGACAUGGGUGCUCGUUUUGAGAAAAGCACACAGGAUAUGUCUACAGUCUUGAAAAAAAUUGAAGAUUUCAUACUGACAGAAUCUGCAGAUGUUAUUAUGCUAUCAAGUGAUGAUUCCUCUACUCAAGCUGAUGAGUCAUACACAAAAUUAUGUUCUCAAUCACUGGUUAUACCAGAUGAGUUUCGCUGCCCAAUAUCUCUGGAGCUAAUGAAAGAUCCUGUAAUCAUUUCUACGGGGCAGACAUACGAGCGAGCGUGCAUAAAGAAAUGGCUUGAAGAAGGCCAUGGAACAUGUCCUAAGACUCAGCAGAUUCUUUCAAGCUCUGUCCUUAUACCCAACCAUGUUUUAUAUAUCCUGAUAUCGAAUUGGUGUGAAGCAAAUGGAGUGGAGCCACCUAAAAGAACAGAGAAGUUACGACUCUGCAAGGCAACAUCAGAUGGCUCUUCUGAAUUUAUAGAUAUUGAUACUCUAUUGAGCAGACUUACUUCCAGUGACAUUGAGGAUCAGCGAUGCACAGCAGAGGAGCUCCGUCUUCUAGCCAAGCGAAGCAGCCAAAACCGAAUAUUGAUUGCUGAGGCUGGUGCUAUACCCCUUCUUGUUGAUCUCCUCUAUGUACCUGACAAGCGCACUCAAGAGCAUGCAGUUACUGUUCUUCUGAACCUAUCUAUUUGUGGGAAUAACAAAGAGCGCAUCAUGGCUUCUGAAGCUGUUCCAGGAAUUGUUCACGUGCUGAAAAAUGGUGUUAUGGAAGCACGGGAAAAUGCUGCAGCCACCCUUUUCAGUCUCUCUGCACUGAAUGAGAAUAAAGUGUUAAUUGGAGCAUCUGGAGCAAUUAAAGCACUAGUCACUCUUUUCUGUGAGGGAAGUCAAAGAGGGAAGAUGGAUGCUGCAACAGCUUUAUUCAAUCUGUGCUUAUAUCAAGGGAAUAAAGGACGUGCAAUUAGGGCUGGUAUCAUGCCUAAGUUGACGGAAAUGGUAACUGAACCUGGUGAGGAGAUGGGGGAUGUGGCAUUGGCACUUAUGGCUUUACUAGUUAGCCACCCGGAGGGAAAAGCAGUAGUUGGAUCCAUGAAUGCUAUGCCAACUUUGGUGGAUAUAGUCACUAAUGGAUCUCCUAAGAACAAAGAGAAUGCAACUUCUGUGCUCGUUUACCUCUGUAUCGGAGAUCCAAUGAAUGUAUCAAGUGCCUGUUCACUUGGGGUGAUCAAUCCUCUCUUGGACCUUGCAGAAAAUGGUUCGGACAGGGGCAAGCGCAAAGCCGCACAGCUUCUUGAGCUGAUCGGCAUUCUGAGAUCGUUGUAGAUAUGCUAUAGGAAAACCGUCGGCUAGAUUAAGUUUAGGCAUAGCUGAUGCCAUUUUUAAUAUGCAGCAGCUGGCAUAGAUUUUAGGUAGUGAUUAACCAUAGGAUCAUCAUUGUUUCCUUUUCAUUUUUUGAGUGAAAGGAAAUCUCUAUUUUACUUGGCCAAUUAUUUUGUGGCAUUCAGUUAUUCAUGCUGGAAAGUCACACAUGAUGUAAUUUGACUCGGUUGAAGUGCAGGCAUACUUCAGCUCAAACUCCCAGCCGGCCAUUCAUGUUUUUGCGAUGAAAUUUCUUAACAAAUUUUUUCCCAUUAAAUUUAAUUUAAUUCUAUUUAUUUAACA